ACACGGGAACACGUGUAUCCAGCUGUGAUUCAUGUCACGAUGAAGCCGCCUGCCUCGAGUCUAAAGAAAGAGGCGACACUUUCUCAAGGCAGACGCUCUCUUGUGUCUGUAACGUUGGCUUUGUAGGUGAUGGCCUCAUGUGUUACAAUAUAAAACUCUGUAGUGACUCUUCUUGCUGUAAAGAAGGUUAUCAGUGGUCACCAGACUGGGGCUGUGUGGACACGGACGAGUGCUCUCUUACAGACUCCCCAUGCAAACUAUCUCAGGUUUGUAGAAACACUCCAGGCUCUUUCGUAUGCUUGGAGCCUUCCCCCAGCUCCAGAUCAGGUCCCUCCUCCCAGUCUGUCCAGUUCAGCUGUGGAUCCACUGUGUGUCCUUCAGGCACAGACUGUGUCAGAAUGAAUGGGACUCUCCAGUGUGCUGACCCCUGCCAGGAGUACACUGUGCUGAAUGAUGACUGGCACUCAACAAAUAACAUGUCCACCAAGAACCCACGCUGUGAUCGAAAUGUUAACUGGCAAGGCUGGUAUCGGCUGUUUCUGGGGCAAACCAGUGCUAAUAUUCCAGAGAGGUGUGUGGCUGAAAGAAGGUGUGGAACCCAUGCUCCUCUAUGGAUAAAAACCCCUCAUCCCACACAGUCAGGUCAGAUUGUGAGCCGCACUGUGUGUGGCUCAUGCUCAGGAAGGUGCUGUCGUUUCUCCUCACACACCAUCCAUGUCAAGCUCUGCUAUGGAAACUACUUCGUCUACAAACUUGUGCAGCCAAGCACAUGUUCGCUUGCAUACUGUGCAGAGGUGAACGAAGCAACUCCUGAAAAUCCUUCAACCACAGCUGAUCCAAGUACAGCGACCUCUUCUGCCAGUCAGGUCAAUAUCACCUCCACCACAACACCCGACAACAGCUCAGCAGUUGAGGGUGAGGUCUGUCUGGUUAACAGAGGGAACCAGUCCUGCUCUGGCAGAGUAGAGAUCUUCCACCGUGGACAGUGGGGGACGGUGUGUGAUGAUCAAUGGGGCCUGGCUGAUAUCGAUAUUGAGGAGAAAAGAAAAUCCGAUAAAGAAAUAUCGGCCGGAGACUUAACCUUUCUAAAUCCUGCCCAUCUGUGCAUGAAGAGGUAUUUUAUGUAG